GCUUCGGAUAUCCUUCAAGAGAGAUUCAGUGUUUCACUCCGUUUUAAAGUCACUGUUUCUCAAUUGUGUUAUUGUUUGCAAAAAUUUUAAGAAGUCUAAGGAGCGUGAAGACCUUUAUUUAUUUUUUAUUUUUUGCUUUUUUUACUUUAAAGGAUUGAAGUUUGCAGGUCAAACUGUGCGCCCUUACAGACUGUCUCUGCAGUCUUUGGGCACAUAACACUUGGAUUAAAAAAAAAAAAAAAAGAAGGACUUCCUCCUUUUUUUUCUAGUGCGAGCAGCUAGUCGUUAAUUGUCUCGCAUGAAUCUCCUCGACCCUUACCUGAAGAUGACAGAAGAACAGGAGAAAUGUCACUCUGACGCUCCGAGCCCCAGCAUGUCUGAGGAUUCAGCGGGCUCGCCGUGCCCGUCCGUGUCCGGCUCGGACACCGAGAACACCCGACCUUCCGACAACCACCUCCUCAUGGGUCCGGACUACAAGAAGGAGGGCGAGGAAGAGAAGUUCCCGGUGUGCAUCAGAGACGCAGUGUCCCAGGUGCUGAAGGGCUACGACUGGACGCUAGUGCCCAUGCCGGUGCGCGUCAACGGCUCCAGCAAGAGCAAACCACACGUCAAGAGACCCAUGAACGCAUUCAUGGUGUGGGCUCAGGCGGCGCGGAGAAAGCUGGCCGAUCAGUACCCGCACUUGCACAACGCAGAACUCAGCAAAACCCUGGGAAAACUCUGGAGGCUGCUCAAUGAGGUAGAGAAGCGCCCGUUCGUUGAAGAAGCCGAACGCCUGAGAGUACAGCACAAGAAGGAUCACCCUGACUACAAAUAUCAACCGAGGCGGAGGAAAUCUGUCAAGAACGGCCAAAACGAAUCCGAGGAUGGCGAGCAGACCCACAUCUCUCCAAAUGCAAUCUUCAAGGCACUGCAGCAGGCAGACUCUCCGGCGUCCAGCAUGGGUGAGGUUCACUCCCCGGGAGAACAUUCAGGUCAGUCACAGGGGCCACCAACACCUCCAACUACCCCAAAGACUGAUCUCCCCUCCAGCAAAGCUGACCUGAAGCGUGAGGGCCGCCCCAUUCAGGAGGGCAGCAGUCGGCAGCUCAACAUUGACUUUGGAGCUGUGGACAUUGGCGAGCUUAGCAGCGAUGUCAUUUCCAACAUUGGCAGCUUUGAUGUUGAUGAGUUCGACCAAUACCUGCCACCUCACAGCCAUGCUGGGGUUGCUGGUGCAGCGCAAGCUGGCUACACAGGUAGCUAUGGUAUCAGUAGCUCCUCAGUCGGUCAGGGAGCCAGUGUCGGAGCCCAUGCCUGGAUGUCCAAGCAGCAGCAGCAUACUUUGACCACCCUGGGUGGAGCAGGAGAGCAAGGGCAACAGGGUCAGCAGAGAACCACCCAGAUCAAGACAGAGCAGCUUAGCCCGAGCCACUACAGCGACCAACAGGGAUCCCCGCAGCACAUCACCUAUGGCUCAUUCAACCUACAGCACUACAGUCCCUCCUCGUACCCCUCCAUCACAAGAGCACAGUAUGACUAUUCAGAGCACCAAAGCAGUGCCAACUCUUACUAUAGCCAUGCAACUGGCCAAGGCUCCAGCCUGUACUCCACCUUCAGCUACAUGAGCCCCAGCCAGAGGCCGAUGUACACCCCAAUAGCCGACAGCGCUGGGGUGCCCUCUGUGCCGCAGACCCACAGUCCACAGCACUGGGAGCAGCAGCCGAUUUACACACAACUGUCCAGGCCCUAAGGAGCCGCAACACAUCCACCCAUGACUUCUCUCCCCCAACCCCAAUGGCCUUAAUUUCAUUGUCCUUGCCACAAUACCAAUAGAAAAACACAAUAUGGACUUUUUUAUAGUUCUGAAAAUUCAUCUUUAAAUUGGCUCACAGCAGUGCCUUUUGUAUUGGUUGGAAUUGUGAUUAUAUUUUUUUAGAUAUAAUGUUUAAAAAGUUAAAUCCUCUGUGAGGACAUACUGGUUAUGAAUAUAAUAGUAUGUACUGUGUAUGUGUUCUGCUCUUGUUAUUCUCAGCAUAAUCAGUGUCAUGAUCAUCAUUGCUUGCUUAAAUGAACAGGGAUGCCGGGUUAAAACACCCUCAGUGGCCUUUUUAUUCUCUCUAAUGUAUUUUUUUACUGGAAGUUUACUGACACUGCCAUCUCACCGUAGCCUUCAUUAUGCUUCGAAAUGUUCUACUGUACAUAUGCUAACUUCAGUGAGAUCCAGGUGUUAAUCAAUGCAGGUUUGGAAUUGAUUAGAAUUGUUGGCCUUGAUACAACCGUGUCAUCAGCGAAGAGUCUAAUGUUCUACUUAAACUUAUUGUAUUUGAAACGCUAAAAGCAGGGGCCAUGUAACUCUUUUGGGGACCUUACUAUGUUGCUAGAUGUGAAAGUGAUGCUUGCUUCUUGUCUGAGUACUGCCUUCAAUACCAUUAGUGCCUCUGAAGCCACACAAGGGAGGCUUCGCGGUCCAAAUAGACAACGGCACAGGUCAAAUCCCCUGCUUGUUGAGAUUCAGGAAGUGACCUUUGACCUGGCGCUUGCCAGCGUAAAUCAGGUCUGAGCAUGGUGUGCUUCUACCACAUAAUUUUCCCCUUCUUUUUUUUCUUAAUUUAUUCUUUAGCAUUAAUUUUAUUGGAGAAUUAUCUUUUAAACUCAGCAGCAGCUAACAGAGGUGAAUUUAGUUUGCUGUCAUAUGUGGUACAAAAUGCUUAUUUAUCAUUUUGUUAAUGUUUUCAUAUAAUUCUUGAUCUACUUGUGUACAGAAUGCUCAAAAAAUCACAUGAUGGGUCCUUCUCUGUAAGCAAAACUGAAUGUUUUCUUCUUACUUCUUUUCUAACAUAAUGACUGGAUGAGAAAAGCAGCUGUAAAGAAUUUUGCUGGAUUCAACAAAAUACUUUUAGUUUGUUGGUUUUUUUUUCUAAAAAAGAAAGUUUUGUUCUUGUUUUAUAUUCUGUAUAAUUAGUUCUCAUUUCUGUCAUCUUCUUAAUGCAGUUUCCCUAGGUAAACAUGGCAUUGUCUUAAAAGCUUAUCUUUUGUAUUAUUAUUAUUAUUUUUGUUUGCAAUAAAAGCAAUUGUCAGAAAAAACA